CUGAGGUCCCAACCAGGACGCCUGCCGGGUAUGGGGCACCCACCAGUCCGGCGCAUUCCUCAACCAGGACGCCUGCUGGGUAUGAGGCCGCCGCUGCCGCCACCUGCCACCAAUCCAUCUUCAGUGCUGUAUUGCUGCAUCUACCUUGCUCGGUCUAGAUGUCGUCGAUGCCACCACGGUGCCAGACAAAGCCACCAUCCUGCGCUCGUCCAUCAUCACCCGCCCACCGGCGAGACCCCGCUGCUCCAUGCCGCUGAGACCCGCCGUUGUCGACAUGCCAGAUGCCACGCCGCUCCUCCGUCACGAACACCACCUGUUGCUACUGGUCCGAUCCCUUCCGCCUGCAGUUCCUCUAACCGAGCACCCAAACGCCCCAGGCGGCGCCUCCAAGAAGGGUACGACACACGCAGUGUCACCGCCGCCCGAUCUAAGGAGAUUUUGGGUUUUCACCCGGGCAUGGGGUCGGGGUGGAGGGCAGGGAUCUCGACGGCGCCUGCAAGGAGGAGAACGGUGACCCUGGUCGUCGCCAUCGUCAGGAUGAACGAGUCAUCCGGAGUUUCCUCCAGUCCGAUGUCACCUCCAUCAGCCACCGCGAACGCACCGAGGCCGACGAUCGCGAUCGUAAGCCACCAAGUGCAGCGGGAGAGAGCAUGCAGCGCGGAGAUCCACCGACAACUCACCGCCCACGCGGUCAAGACGCCGUCCAUCCACCCCCCGCGAACGUCGCCAGCUGAGGGCGCCGCAUGCCUAACGGGGCUGCCGCCCCAGGUUCAGGUUCCUCCACGAUGGCCGGAGUGGCGAGAUCCGCCACGAGUGAUGAGAUCCGGCACCGCGCGGCCGACGCCAUCGCCCAAGUCCGCCGUCGACCGAUCCCGCCACCGCCGGGAGCCCGCACGCUGCCGGGAAUCCCAUCUGGGCGCCCGUGCACCGCCGCGAGCUCGCCGCCUCUGGGAUUUGCCACACUGUCGGGAGGGCCGCACCCUGCGGAUCAGGUCGCCCGCGCCGCCGCGGAUGCGGGAGAGGGAGGAGAGACCCUCCGCCGCCACCGUCGCACACACGGGUUUUGCCCGGCGCCGACCAUCGGCAGCGGCGGAGGGGGAGAAGGGCGCUGGAGGGUUACUAGGCGGCGGUGGCGGCUGAGCCCUCCCGACCCACCCGCGGGGGAGGUGAUGCGAGAGGGAGAGGUUCGUUUUCAGGUACUUGAAUGCUUGAUAUGGUGGAACCGUAACACCCAGGUGAAUGUAUGUGCAUGUAAGCACUAACAGGAAAAAUUCUCGAUAAAAGACCUGAACAAUGAACAGUAAUCAAAACGUAAUGGCAAAACAUUGAUGUGAAGUCGAACUAUUACUUCUUUAGGUAUGAUGAAGGAGCCUAUUGAGUAUCUCGUUGAUUUUGCCUUUGUUGACAACAGAUUUUGUCAUGGCAAAAACCGCUAUUAAGAUGGCCAAAUGAAAAAGUGCUCAACACAAAAAUUCUUCAUAUAGUUGAAACGAACAACUUUCGUUUUUGGGUCAUCUUCAUGCGAGGUCACAUGCAGCCUCGGCAGCCAAAACAACACACUACAGCAGCAGGAUCUGAAGCUGGCAUGACUGUCCGGCCAAAUUCGAGCCGGACUGUCUGGCCGUGCCAUGAUUAGAUAGUGGAUGGACAGUCCGAGCAAUUGUUCGGGUAAUUGCAUGGAGAGAUCAAAAGGUCCAAAAUGUGGCCGGACAAGGGCCGGGUAGUCGAGGCACUGUCGGCCAAAAUUUCGUGCUUUUUCAGAUUUAGCAGUUAGAAAACAAGUCGAAACCUGAAUAAAAAAACGUUCAACAGUAAAGUUGUUUGUCUCGUCGAAGCGGAUAAAUUUGAUUUUGGGGUCAUUUGCAUACAAGGUCAUAUGCGAAUUCUGGAGCCCGAAAAUCAUGCUAUUGUAUGCAGACCUUGAGAUGGCCGGACGUCCGGCCAAAUUUGGGCCGGACGCCUGUGGGUGAUUCCGAGUCAAGUCAAAUUUUGGCUCUUUGGACAGGAAUUGGAGUCCUUUUCUUGUACGUUAAGUCUAGCCGCCUCAUAUAUAGAUGAGAGGUGAUGGCCGAUUGAAUAACAACACACAAUCGCAAACUCAUCUACUACUUUUUACAUCUCUCCUUUGUUCUUGCUUCAAUAGCCGCCGCACUCCCUGGCUCGAGGCUCUAUGGGCGGUUGGACCAACCUAGGGCAGCCAUAGCCACCGCACUCCCUGAUGGGGGUUCCUUCUAGGCGUGUGGGGUUUUGGUUCUCAAAAGUUCUCGCAGGCGUGUCUUGCAUAUCACGCUCCCGAUGAGGCCCCUCCGGCGACUUUGUCUUGCGUGUCACGCUUGACAUCGGUGGUACACGGUGACGUUUUCGUGUAAUACACUUCCGGUGACUUUGCUACAGCUGAAAGAUCAAGGAUCAUCAACUAUGUCUAACCUCUCGAAGCCCAUAGGAGGUGACGCCGAUAACACCAUCAAGACCGGUCUUGAUGAAUUAUUGGAGAACAUCGCAUGCCUAUGAAGUGCACAAGAAGCAGUGAGAGGAGGCUUAUGAGGCGCUCAAUAAGCAGCGCAAGGAGGAGGAUUUGCAGGCUUUUCUUGUAAAUUCAAAGGACCGUCAAGGCAACAUCAUUCCGGUUGGUGACAUCAAGUUCCCUCCUCUCGACGACAAACAAGAAUCGCUAGAGCAAGUGGCUGUGAUUAUAUUCCUUGUGAUGAUGUGUAAUUCAUUCAUAGCAAAUAUGAAUUUUUAGAAAAUAUGCCCGUGUCAUCUAGCGGUAAUGUUGGUUUAUCUGCUAGGAUAGAAAACCCUAAUCCAGUUUUACCUAUUUCGUCGGCACCUCGCAUGUCACUGAAUUUCUAUCCUAGCUAAGACAAUCAACAUGUGGCUACACCUACAUGCCCUAGUCCUAUUAUGAGUGUGCCCAAUUCGGCGUUGACCUCGAAUCACUUUAUCACACCACCCAUAAGCACAAGCAUGUUUAGUCUUCCGUCAAAUUCUUGUUCAGUGCCCACACCACAAAUUGCACCCGUAGUUAGUAAUCAUGUUGCUCCUACGCUAUCACCAAAAGCAUCUUCAUCUACCUCGGACCCAAUUUUAGACAAAUUAAGGGAGGAUUUGCGUAAGAUGUUUCAAGAAACUUCCAGAAACGAGCCGAAAGUAAGGACCCGUGUGUACCAAAAGCCUUACCGUGAACACUUCGAUACAGUUUUGUACCCUCAAAGUUCUAAAGUUCCUGAUUUUGCUAAAUUUAACGGUGAGGUUACGAAAACAACUUGGGAACACAUCAGUCAAUAUCUAGCACAAUUAGGUGAAGCAGGUUCCAUGAGUGAACUGAAAGUGCAUCUAUUUCCCCUAUCUUUAAGUGGCACCACAUUUUCAUGUUUUGCUGCUUUACCACAUGGCUGUAUUCUCUUAUGGUCGCAACUAGAGCAGAAAUUUCAUGACCACUUCUAUAGCGGCUAUAAUGAGCUUAAAUUGUCACAUCUUACAUUGUUAGGCAAAAACAUGAUGAAUCAGUCAUUGGUAUAGGGGAUUGAUUAAUCAAUGGAUAGCUAGCCAGGCCUGGGUGUGCACCCCGGCGGCCAGGCCGCUAGGGUCACGUGUCUCUAGAAGGAUGGGAAUUUACGCUAGAUGGUCUGCACUGCCUCGCUCGUUUAUCGUUGGGCUGGCUGGUGUCCAGCUCCAAAACUUACCAGUGCCCAGCCCAAAAAUCCGUACUAUAUAAGGUACGCACAAAUUUUAUUCGGUGUCUAGUGACACCGGAUGACCUAAUAUAGGUCCACCCCUGCAUACCUUCCCGAUAAACACCAUGAACUUGGAGGGAAGAAAAUGUUAGUUUGGCUUAACAUAGUCGAAUCUGCUAAUAAAGAUAAUGUGGUUAUUGGUGAACCCAGGAAAAGCAAAGAGGGCGACAAGGUCUUGGGAAGAGAGAUUGUGCUUGACAAGCAAUCCGAUGGCAAGGCGAUAUUGAAGAUCACCAUCAAGAAUCCUACACUCGGGGGGCAACCACUAGUGCAAGAGAAUACACACGAUAAAUCUAUGAAGCCCAAGAGUUCAUAAGUUGGCAAGUAGAGAACGAAUGAAGCCAAGUGCUAGCGAAUCAAGCCAACUUUUGAUAUGUUGCUGUCCAAAUAUGCCAAUCAAGUGGCUGGUUCUAGCUCUAACUGACCAUCGCAUUUUAAGCGUUCAAGAUCACCUCCGAAGGAAAAAAAUUAGCCUCACACAAGGCCAUACGGGUCAUGGGUAUCGGUACCAUGGAUGGGGCCAACCCCCUAUGUGCAAUAUUACAUGGGAGGCUUCAAUGGAGGAUGGGGGCAGCCCCCAAUGGCUCCUUAUGCUUUUCAUCCAGGGUGGGCAGCAGCUAGGAGGCAUGCUCGUGAGAGGCUUUCUUAUCCUACACGAGGCCGUUUAAGCCAUGGUGCUAAUCGGCGAACACAAGCUUCUCCAAGCAAGGUCAACAAGCAAGUGUGGCGUGUGCUAAAUCGCCAAAUGCUGAAUUUUCAUAAUCUGACAAGCAAAAGGAGAUCAAAGAGUGAUUGCUAUUGGGUAAUCUGGCUAAUUCUAACGGUAAUAUAGUUGUCGUUCAGCAGGGUCCCAUGGCUAUUGAUCAUGAAGCUAGCACAAGCAAGGCCAAACAUUGGGAUCCCAAAUAUACCCAACCUAAAUGGUGUCCUCCCGGCUUAAUUAAGACUAUGAAAAGGAUAUUACAGUGAAUAAGGAACCAUGAGAAGGGGGAGCAUGAAGGGAGAAGCAAAGGGACGGAUCAUUCGGUAAAAUUUGGCCCAUGGCAUCAGCAGAACAAGUGUUGAGGCCUAAAAAAAUAGAGAACACAACAACUUCCAUAUUAAUUGCAGUAGCACCUACACCAUCAACGGAGGAGGUUGUGACCCCUAUUACAUCAUCCACGCCACCUAUUACUCCCACUUCACUCGAAGAGACUUAAAAGCCAAUAUACACAUUGGGAAAUGAAGAUGAGAUGGUGGAUUAUGAAUCUAUGCCGUUUCAGCAGGAUAUGGAUAUUAAUAUUUCCCUGCCGAAUUUCGUGCUAUAAUGAAGAAGGUGAGGUGGCCCAGCUGAAUUUUGGUCCUAAGAAUGCCAUCUUUGAGAAGCCAAAAGAACUGGUGAAACACUUGAAGCUACUCAUAUAAGUGGAUCGCCGGUUGCUAGGAUGCUUGUUGAUGGUGCUUUGGUUAAUUUUAUGCCUUAUUCGGUCUUCAAGAAUUGGGAUUGCAUGAUGAUGCAUUGAUGAAGACCAAUGCGGUGCUUAAUUGUUUUGAGGGCAAAGAAAUGACAGGGGCCAAAGAUGUAAUGUGCAUGGAACUCACCAUUGGAAGCAAAACUUUGAACACUACAUUCUUUGUCGCCGAGGUGCAAAGUAACUACAAUGUUAUAUUAGGCCGCGAUCAGGUCACCAAUCAAUGCGUGCCAUGUACCAUGCAUCAAUUCUUAAUACAAUGGGUCGAUGAUAAAGCAGAAGUCAUUCGCGUGGAUAAUUCGGCUUGUGUUUCUUUGGCGGAUGCAUCGGUGGAUUGGAAUCAUCCUGAUGCUACGUGCUUAAUGGGGCGCAACCUCUCGGAGUUUGGCUUCCUUAGUGCUAUGAGGAACGGGUCUGUGCCCAUCUCUUUAAAGACAAUUGGUGGUAAUCAGCUCCAGGGUAUGAUGUAAGCAAAAUUUAGAAACCUAAACAGGCAAUGGUCGAUAUAUAAUUAUCGCCUAAGCAUAAACAUGACUGAUAUAGACUUACCACCCUAAGCACGUAAUGGCCGAUGGGGUGUUGACAUCGUCCUUAGAACAAACACACUGCAAAUUAUUUUUUGGCACGCUAGCAUUGCCAAGAAACAGGGAGGCAUGUGUUGCCACCAGAUUUUGGCAGCCAAAACAGUACACUGUUGCUCUGUUGUGACGCCCCCGACUCAAUCGUGCACUAAUCAUAGACGCAAAUGUGCACGAUCAAGAUCAGAGACUCACUGGAAGAUAUCACAACACAGCUCUAAACACAAAUUCAAACAUAAAGCUUUAUAUUACAAGCCAGGGCCACGAAGGCUUGAAUACAUAAGUCAGCGGAAGCAACAACAUCUGAGUACAGACAUAAUUAAACAAGUUUUCCUUAAGAAGGUUAGCAAAACAACGACAUCUAAAUCGAAAUGGCUCCUAACUACUCUUGGUCAUCGAUGGUCUCCACGUAGUAGUAGGCUCCGUCGGAGUAGUAGUAGUCAUCGAUGGGAUCAGCUGGCUCCUGGGCUCCAUCAUCUGAUCGCAGCAAUCGGGUAAAAGGGAAAAAGGUAGCAAAGCAACCGUGAGUACUCAUCUAAAGUAUUCACAAGACUUACAUCAGAUCUAUGCUAAGUAUGCAUCAGUUUCAAUGGGAAGGGGAUGUAUCUGUGGACUAUACUGCAGAAUUGCCAGAAUAGAGGGGAAGGCCUAGCCUAUCGAAGACUAGCAUCUUACAGCGUCUUGCAACAUUAUAAGAGUGUAGAUUAGUAUAUCAUAUAGUAACAAGUAUGUAAUAUUAACUCCCUGAGAUCCUUCCUCGACUACCCCGCGAGAAAGCAAUCCCGAGGCCAUUAUAUCCAUUUGGUGAUUCAAGUUUCCAGUUCUAGUUGUAGUAGAUCGGGAUACAGUUCUGAGCGUCCGUUACCGUGGACAUGGCUAUUCGAAUAGAUAUACUUCCCUGCAAGGGUGCACCAACUUACCCAACACACUCGAUUAAUUCCGUCCGGACACACUUUUCCUGGUCAUGCCCGGCCUCGGCUGAUCGACACGCUGUAGUCCUACCUAGGCUCAACAGAGAGGUCAGCACGCCGGUCUACAUCCUAAGUGUGAAGGGGUCAUGGGCCAAUCGUCCUAAGCACUCCCGUGCGUUGCGUAUGCGGCCUGGAGCAAACCCACUUUAUACAAGCGCAGGCGGUUACCGUCCAACCGGGCGCGCGCCACUCAACUGCUGGCGCUCGAAGAGCUUUCGGGAGAAAUGUACGACGCCGAGUGCCCAUACUUAUUCCCACAUGGUGGUUAGUGCGAAAAGGUCAGAGGCCUACUCAAAUCACGUAUCCAAACCUGUUAGUGUAUUGAGAGCUUGCGAAAAUGAUCAGUGAUCCUGUCGCCUCGUCUCGCGGACUUACGACAUCGGCCAAGCCCAUCCCUCUCCUGCGGCGGUCUCUGCCUGCCCGGUUGUGCCGCGUCGUUAUCUCGCGGGUACCCUCACGGUCAUCCCGACUUGUCAAGGGACUGUUAGGAAAUCAGGUCCACCUCUAUCGGGGUGGUACCACCUGUCCCUUCAGUCCUGCAGUAACAGUUAACGGGGUAACGGUUAAAGUAGUACGGGUCCAUACCAUCAAGGUGAACUCAGAGGAAUCACCCUCGGAACGUUCACACCCGAGGUAAAAUGUUAAGGUGAAUUUGGAGGAAUCACCCUCGAUGGGUUCACGCUUGAGGAGAUGCACGACAGAGACAUCAUCGGGAGUGGUGAGCGAGGAAUCACCGUCGGUUAACCACACUCGAUGUGCUACACUACAGAGAUAUCAUCGUAAGUGGGAUACGAGGCAUCACCCUCGGCACUCGAUAGUAUCUCUGCAGAGUCGUACAACUAAGGGGGGGGGGGGUGUUUGGUGGAGUGUCGGUCUCUGCACCUCGAUCACAUUGGUCGAGUCAUCCGGAAGCAAAGCAUGGCAACACGGGCAAGGGUGCGGGGCCACUGAUGGAUCACUAACCAACCUAUACUAAGCAUAUAGGAUAACAGGUAAAGUAACAAGAGGAGGUUACAAAAGCAGGCUAUGCAUCAGAAUAGGAACUAUCGAACAACAGUAGCAAAAUCUAAUGCAAGCAUGAGAGAGGAAGAAUGGGCGAUAUAGGAAUGAUCAAGGGAGUUUUGCUUGCCUGAAAGCUCUGCCGAGAUGGGAGGGUCGUCGUCAACGUAGCGUACUCGGGGGCAGCGACAGUCUCAGGGUCUACCGGAAAAGAAGUAACACGGAAUAAAUAAAUAAGGGAGCAAACAAAUGCAUUACGGAAUGUAUGUCAGGGCAAUAUGUGUUGGUGAUGUGCUCUAAUGCUUUACUACGCAUUUUAAAAGAAGGGGGAAAUAUUCGGUGAUAUUUUCCCUGCUCCAGGUAUUAUCCAGUAUAUUGACCUAGGCAUGGAUUGUCGAUAUUCACCAUGUUAGAUGGGUGUGACAGGUGAAACCUCGAAGGAUAGCGACAUCGAUUUGGAGGAGGGAUAACUGGAAUGUGCUCAAGGCCCCCCUGCAUGGAUGUGUGCAAAAUAACCAGAACAUAAUGCAGGGAUAACUGGAAUGUGCUUCAAGGCUCCCUCCCUAGCACGUAUGUGUGCGAAAUGACCAGAACAUAAUGCUACCAUUGAAAUCGCCCCAAAGUGCCUUGCCUACUGUGCAACUUGUUAGUAGUUCUGGGGUCCUCGCUUGGUGUUUUCCUAGGCUUUCCACAGUAUGGAUUGGUAACCAUGUGCCCAGCUUUGCUCAUGUUUUGAGAGCUUGGAGCAGUGACCAUCCACCUUUGAUGCUUUUGUUUCUAGUUUUCCUCCAUGCGUAUUAAGCGUUGCUGUAUACUGGGAGCUAUAUGUAACUAGUAGUAUCUCUGCUAUCAAUGACGAAAAACUGCCUUUUUUUA